AUGAGGAACACACAGAUGGAGGGGAAAGUCCUUUCACUCAAAAGUCUUAAACUAGAAGAUCUGCCGACCCACACACUGACCUCUGCACAAGCAGACACACAGUGGUACUACUUACAAGUAAGCAAUGCACAGGCAGGGAUGCUGUAUCACUUCACUAUUGUCAGCUUUACCAAGUAUAACAGCCUAUCUAAAUAUGGCUUGUGGCCAUUGUUGUACUCAGAAGUUAAUGCAAAGACACAGCAUAAGAAAUGGCUGGUGAAGGACUGGAAAUUAAUCAAGCAUUAGAAAAACAAUGUGAGGCAAAGUGGACAUCAUUAUCUCUCACUUUGGAUGUUCCAGUUUCCUCAUGACCAAAACACCUGCUACUUUGCCCACUAUUAUCCUUACCCCUACUCCAAUCUGUAGGAGUAUCUGGGAGCCAUCUCUAAAGAUCCAGUGAAGUCCAAAUUCUUCAAGAUUCACAUCUUAUGCCAUUCACUGGCAGGAAACACCUUUAUCAUCAUCACCACCACCACUAUCCCCCUCCAAAAGUGACAAGGAAGGCUGUGAUACUGACCAGUAUACUGUGAUACCGUCAGUAUGGUAAGGGUGCAUCCAGGAGAAACGAGCUCCUGAAUAAUGAAGGGCUUCAUGGAUUUCAUUCUUGGAAGCAAAGCUCAACUCCUGUGGGACAAUUUUAUCUUGAAAGUGGUACGAAUGUUGAAUCCAGAUGGUGUGAUUGUGGGAAAUCACCACUUUUUAACAGGCCAUGACUUGAAUUGCAAAUAUAGAUCUAUUGUAGAGGAAUGUUACCCUUCCAUCUGGUAUACCCAAAACAUGAUAAUCCAGACUGGAGUAUUAUCCAACAUGAUAAUAUGUGGGAUAAGCUCUGAGAGUCCCACCCCCAAUGCUAAAGGCAUUUAUGAAAAGUCAUCUGUGCAACAGGAGGCAGGAAUUGUGUGCCAUGAUAUGAUCCUGUCCAAAAGAGAAAAUUUUCAUUCAUCCAACUUUAAUCUGUUCUCUAGAAGAUGAGGAAAAAAUGGUUGAAAUGUCUUCAAGACUGCAGAGAAGACUUUCAAUAUCACAAAGAGCAAUUCAAAAAAGGAAGAAAGAAAAAUGAAGGAGAGGUUUCCCUCAAGAAACACAAGACCCAAGAAAACCAGAACAGCAAGCAAAGAUGUAAAUUUUGGAAAGAGAAAAUCUUGCCAGCCACAAGGCACACUGCAGUUCUCCCUUCUGCUACUGCCUGAGUCAAGGAACAGACAACAUGCUACAAAGCAUCAGGGUAUAGUUUGGAGCCCCAGUUCUUCAGCCAAUGAAGGCACAUGA